UGGUGUCCAACUACAGGAAGUAGGCAGGCAGUUGGCGAAUAAUCAACAGCGCGUGGCCAUCAUUUUCGUCGCUAUGAAUUUUCUUCCAUCAUGAAAUACAACCGCAACUUUCCAGGGGCUUCGACUUACCACCACCUGUUGUUCGACCAUGGUCUCAUCCGCGCUCCGACGGGCCGUAGGGAUGCUCCUACUCACAGCUGCGAUUCUCAAUGUGUCAGGGGUCUGGAUAAUCCCUUUCAGCCUUGACGGGGGCACUAGCUACAACUUUAGUAAUAGUAAUGAUGGCAGACAGCCAGAAUGCCUUGUGUGCGUUAAGGAGGGUCGGAAACAAACAUGCCAGGCAUCGGUUCUGCUACAAGGACCGGCCUCUGUCAUAGUGGAUUUCCACUGCUCCAAACUGCAAGACGUGAUCCACUUGGAAGUUCGUCGGAAUAUAGAAUGCACGAAACAAUCCUGCAAUGGAAAUAUCACCAUGGAGGAACCUAGUGGACUAUUGGGGUUCAACCGCACCUACGUUUGGACCCUGAUGGCGGCAGCACCCAAAGCCUUUCUGAUAGACUUCACCGGGACCGGUCUGAGACAGAUCCAUCCGUCACAAGCGUGCCCAGACAAGAACACCUACACACUGCAGGCGGUGGGGAGAGUGGCCAUCGGGAGGUACUGCAAGGACGGCCCAAUCAGCCAAGCCCAGGUGCUGAACCAGGGAUCCUUCGCCGUGCACGUGCCCGCCGGGGAACCACUGCGAGCGGGACCCUUCCAUGUUUCAGUCGGGGAAGAGAUAAAAUCCCUCGCCAAAAUCAAAGUGGUCCUGCCGAAGGGGACCUCGUCGUCGCCGGUGGACCUGCUCUCCCCGAACUACCCUCAGAGCUUCCCCGCCGAUGACCUGGUCCAGUGGGAGAUCCAGUUGCCCGGGAGGCACAGCGCCGCGGUCCAGGUGGUGAACCACACGGAGCCGGCCUGCCGGAAGAAGGGGACCGCCGGGGUGUACGUCGAAGGCGGGAGGGCCAUCCUCGGGCUGUCGGACCCCCGGCCGGCCCGGGAGAAGCACAACUUCACCAUGACCCUGAAGAACUGCGAGACGGGCCGCACCCGCCGCAGCCCCCGCGGUCUGUCCCUCCACCUCAGAGUGACCGCGACGCCCACCGGCAAGCCAGUGUUGUGUUCUGUGAACCUGACGACUGGACAGGGUCUUUCCCUGAACCUUAAGAAGCUCCGACCUGAGUGUCUGAUGACCAUGAACUCCGUGGCCACGGGGACCAUCCUGGUUCCGUCAUACGGGGUUGCACAACUGUCUUUCCAGGACUGUUCUCCAGCCGACGUUUGGGUCACGGCCAACAGAGUCAUCGGCCCUAGUUUAGAGGCCCACUUCAGGGAGCCCUUCCCCCUGGACGUCCCCUCCCUGCCCCCCUGUCUCCCGGCCCCCCUGAGGAGCGUCACCUGGUCCCUGGUUCACCCGGCCAGGGGCAGCACGGAGGUCCUCAGCCCCGGCGACGGACUCAAACGGUCGCUCCCCGGCCGGCCCUGCAACGGCAGUCUGACGCUCGCCGUCGCCGAGGACGGCGGCGGCACGCCCCUCGGAACCUUCUGCCCCGGGGGGCCCAUCCAGAGCGUCCAGUUCCGCUCCAACGUGUCCGUCACGGCCUCCGUCGACCGGGCGAGCCGGAGGGGGGUCCAGCCCUCCACGCGCCAGUCUCGGCUGGGGGCGCACUUCAAGGAGGAGAUCACAGAGGACUACAUAUUCACCCUGGCGCCGAAGGGAAGCGAGCCCACCCUCCUGGCCAGCCCCGGCUGGCCGAAGGGCAUGCAGUCGUACUCCAGCAUCUCCUGGAUCGUCAGGGUGCCCGCCAAGCAGGAGGCCCACCUAGUGUUCGUCAACCUCAGCCAGCCCAAGUGCAGCAACCGCCACACCAGCAUCCGCAUCCGCUUGCUGGACUCGGCCGAGGAGAUGUACAGCCGGCGGGAGGACGAGGAGGCGGAAGAACAGGUGGACGUCCCCGGCUCCUUCUACCUGAACAUAUCCAACUGCAUGAUGGAGAGCGGAAAGUUCAGCAUGCUCACCAAGAUGACGCUGGGCAAGAGCAGGAACUUCCUGCUGACCGUCAUCGCGAGCGUGGUGUCAGUCCUGCUGGUGAUCGCUGCUGUUGUGUUGGCCGUGGUCUGUGUGGUCAUCAGGAAGAAGAAGAAGGAGCUAAGUCGCAAUCAAGUGUCCGUCUACAACCCCGCCGGGGCCAUCUUCCGUCCCGGGGUGAGCAACCUGCCCGGUGAGGACGACGAGUACCACGUCUACGCCUCCAUUGAGGACACCAUGGUUUACACACACCUGCUGAAGAAGGAGCUCAGCAUGGAAGGGGACGCAGACGUGGACACGUACCGACCGUUCACCGGGCCGACAGAGCCCCAGAGACCACCGUCCGCUAUCAACCCAGCGGUGGACACCUAUCGGCCGUUCAUGGGGACGCCUCAUAUAGGCCCGCCGGUGCCACGAGCCAACCGAGCCAGUCGAGACCUGUCCACGGCGCAGGACGACCUGCACGCCCCCGACGGCCAGAGUGACCUCGGAGCCCCCGAAGAGCCCGCCUCUGAACGGCCAGCGCUGGGGAAUCGGAUUGGAGCCAGAGGGGCAGUGACUGAAGAGAGAGACCGGUCACCUUGUUUUCCGUGACGUGGAGGACACAUUCCCUGGAGUGGAUGUGAGAACCCACGCUAACGCAGCGCCUUAUGAAGAGGCCGUCCACCUCUUUUCGUCUCUUUAGUCCCACCGAAGCCACAGAGGAUGGGAAUAGGAUGAACUUGGUCCAAGCCCUCUUGGACCAAUUCAUACCUGGGAGGAAUGCCUCGGUGCGAAGAUGCUCACUGUGAUAGUAGUAUGGUCAACGGACCUGAGACAUGGAGAGCUAACACACCUCUGUGUUUGGCAGAAUUUGGAAUAUUUGCGUUUCUUUGAAGUAGUUUAUUUUUCGACUAUUUAUAUUUGUGUUAUGUGGUACUCUAUGUGAGUAUAUUUCGUGUCAAACUGGAUGAGGGAUGUAACAACACUCAAUAUGUAUAUAUUGUGUUCUGUGUCUCUGUUUUGCCUGAGUAAUGAAAUGCGGAUUUCAUAAUGACAAAUUAAUAAUAAAUCAAUCUUUGUAUGAUUUCUUUCAACCAA